GUUAGGAACUUUUUGAUUGUAUUAUUUAAAAGGUUUCUUUUCCGAAGCUAAUAAGGAUAAUUACUAGAAUAGCUGCAAAUCACCAUUUCUUUACAAAAGGGCCCUCGGCACAUUUCAGAUGAGAAGGGGUAGUCAUGGUCUGCAUUGUAAUUUAAAAGUCAAUUAUUUUGUUGCUGAAUUGUAGUGGUAGAGUUUGUUAUUCUUUUUCUUUGAGAAUCAUCUGUACAGAAGAUAUAUAUAGGCUGUUUUUGUACUGGUUUACACACACAAAUACAAAUAUACUCAAUUGAGUAAUUCUUCAGCCAAACACUGUUUUUUUCCUCCUUUGCCGAAGAUUUUGUUGUGCUCUGUUUUCAACUGUAAUAAGCAAGCCAGACUGCCAGAGAGAAUGUUAGGUUUCGGUGUAACUACGGUGAUGGUGGCAGUGGAGUUCUUGGAAGUGGGGUUAAGUACUCUUACUAAAGCUGCCAUUAACAAAGGCAUGAGUGAUUUUGUGUUUAUUGUCUACACUAAUGCCUUUGCAGCUUCUUUUAUUCUCCUUCCAUCUACUCUUCUCUAUUACAGGAAAAGAAGUCGCCCUCUACUCACUGUCUCCAUCGUUUCUAGAAUCUUUCUUCUUGGGCUAAUUGGUUGUUGUGUGCAGACUUUUAUGAUUACAGGGAUAGGGUUUAGCUCUCCAACUUUGUCCUCUGCCAUUACUAAUCUCACCCCUGCAUUCACAUUCAUACUUGCCAUAAUUUCCAGAAUGGAAAAGCUAAACUUGAAACUUCAAAGCAGUCUAGCCAAAUCUAUUGGCACUAUGGUAUCUAUUGCGGGGGCAUUAACUGUGACUUUAUUUAAGGGCCCAGAAGUUGUAACUACUUCAUCUCCAUACAAUUUACGCGAUGAAAUUUUGUUGGCGCAUACAAAUUGGUUGAUUGGAGGUCUUCUCCUUACAGCUGGUAGCUUUUCCCUGUCGCUAUUGUACAUCGUUCAGACCUCCAUUGUUAAGGACUACCCUGAAGAGCUGAUGGUAACAUUCAUUUGUUGUGUCUUUGUGACCCUUCAAUCUGCUAUACUCGCUCUAAUUUUAGAGGGUGACCCAAAUGCUUGGAGACUAAAGCCAGGCAUGGAGUUGAUGGCCAUCCUGUACUCUGCAGUUUUUGCUGUAGCACUUCGAACUCUUGUUCACACAUGGGCAUGUCACAAGAAGGGACCUGUCUAUGUUUCCAUGUUUAAACCACUUGGAAUAGUCAUUGCAAUGGUAAUGGGAGUUACUUUUCUUGGAGACACUCUUUAUGUUGGAAGUGUUGUCGGAGCAGUUAUUAUUGCUUUUGGGUUUUAUUCUGUGAUGUGGGGCCAAACCCGAGAAGAAAAGAUGGCUGAUUACGAAGGAAUGGACAGCUUGAGGCCCUCUUCACCCAAAAUCCCUCUCCUUCAAAACAGUAGCAUGGAAGCAUAACAGUUUCGCAUAGACCUAAUGACAGAUUAUUUCGUUGCACAAUAAUUUCUAGGUCAAUGCAAUCAAGAAAGUAUGUAAACUUAUAUAAUAAACUUGUGUUCAGAAAUUAUUGUCAUCUUUAUUGAGAUAGUUGUUUAAUUAACUUAAAACUGGCAGAUGACGUCGGUAUCUGUAUAGCUAGGAAAGAAGCUGAUACGCUUGAUAAAAAUGUUCCGCAUAUAUUAGGAGUUAAUUUAAUUUGUGCUGGAUAUUAACUUGUUUGUUUGUUUGUU